ACUGCCUCAUUUCAAUGUUUCACAUCAAAUUCCCCUCUCUUUCUCUACCUAAUUAAUUCUCUCUCUCUAAGCUUUGUUAUCUCAGAAAACUUCGUCGGAGCACCUACUAUUAUUCAUCGAUCUGAUCAAGCAGCUCGAAUUCAGGAACGGAUAAAUGGCAUUUCAGCAGUACUUUAUGCAGGGAUGGGAAUCUAUUCCUCAGGCUUCUACUGAAUCUGAGAAGCCGCCUUCUGCUUGCUUCGAUUGCAGCAUAUGUUUAGACUUUGCCCAAGAUCCAGUGGUCACCCUCUGCGGCCAUCUCUACUGUUGGCCCUGCAUAUACAAGUGGUUUGACUCCCAAAGCUCAUCCCUUGGUCCAGACGAGCGGCCUCAGUGCCCGGUUUGCAAGGCCGAGAUAUCUGAAAAGACCAUGGUCCCUCUAUACGGCCGAGGGAAGUCCCUCUCUGAAGCAGGAGCAGAAGGCAAAGUCAUACCUCCUAGGCCACCGGCCUGUGGUAUCAGGGGCCUUGCUGACUUGUUUAGUCCGGAACAUCAGCUCCCGUCCCCUUCACGAGAUUCCUAUCAGAACCGGCAUGAUUUCCCCAAUGCUCAUGCCAGCUAUGGUGUGGAUUCGUCGCCUCAGCUGUUCAAUCUUGGUGGUACAGCAGGAGUGCCGACCAUAGGAAUGUUUGGAGAGAUGGUUUAUGCAAGAGUCUUCGGUAACUCACAAAGCUUGUACACAUACCCGAAUUCAUACCACACCGUAGUAAGUAGGUCGCCGAGGUUGAGAAGGCAGGAGUUGCAGGCUGAUAAAUCCCUUAACAGAGUCACAAUUUUCUUGUUCUGUUUUUUCCUUUUGUGCCUCCUUGUAUUCUGAUUUCCUUUACUUUCUCUAUAGGGUUUGUAUACAUUGUACAAAAAUUAUGCCUGUGGGCAGAUGAGAGUAUACAGUAUUUAUAGAGUUACAUGAAAAUUUUGCCCUUUUUUC